GAAGGAAAGAGGUAAUAAUAAAAUAAAUGGACCAAAAACUUGGUGAGCAAGGCUAUUGCUCUGUAUUAAUUGAGAAUUAUUUUUGAGAAAAUCUCUAUUAGGUUUUUUGCUUAACAAGAUUCAUGGCUCUCUUUCUCCGCCGCCUUGUGAAACCUGCGUUGGUGAGAAGAUCAUCCUCUGUUUCUCUUCUUAUCUCUAACGGCUUCUCAACUACUUCCUUGCGGCAAACCCCUCCUUGUUCCAUCAUCGGCGCUAAACCUUGUCUACCACUAGAGUUUUUCUAUCGUAGUGGCCUUGGAACACUCAUCAUUGCCAAUGCCAAUGUCGCCGAUAUGAGUUGCUUAGUUCGUCUGAAAAAGAAGGUGCCUGUGGAUUUGGUGCACAAUGAUCCUGAUGAUACUAUGGUAACGAUCGGGGCAUCUCAUGGGUGGGUAGCUAGUUUGAAGGACGAUGGAAUCCUGCGUCUCCAUGACGAUCUAAACCCUGUUGCAUCUGAUACAGAUCCUAAACGUAUCCAGCUGCCUCCUCUUGUGACUCUGCCACACUGCCAAACCAAAAUCGUCACCAACGUGUCAAUGUCAUCAUCUUCUCCAGAGAAUGAUGAGGACUGUGUCGUGGCUGUGAAGUUCUUGGGACCUCAACUCAGCUUUUGCAAACCAGCCGGCAAGAGUAGUAAACCAGAGUGGACCAACAUCAAGAUCGAAAACCCUUGCUUCUACUCCUCCCGUGUCAUGUUUUCCAAAAAGGACAACAUGUUUCGUAUUCCCGGAUCUGGAGGCCACCUCAUCGGCUCAUUGGAUCUCUGCGAACCUAACGAUAAACUCAAGUUGCAGUGCGUUGGAUUUGAAAACCUUCCUCCUAAGCUACCCACUCCCCUUAUGGAUUCAUGCUGCAUGAGCCAACACUUGGUGGAGUCAACAUCCACCGGUGAGACUUUCUUGGUUAAGCAGUAUAGGAAGACGGCCAAGAUCGUCCAAGGUGUUGCCCAAAUGAAAACACAAUUUUUAAUGGUGUUCAAGCUAGACGAUGAAGGAAACGCGGUCUACACUCAAGACAUGGGAGAUCUCACCAUGUUCCUCUCAAUGUCUGAACCAUUUUGUGUCCCUUCUACUUCCUUUCCUGGUUUGCUUCCUAACUACGUUUACAUCUUGGAUUUCGACGAAACCGCAAUGGUUAGUCUGGUGGAUGGUUUCCCCUUGGUCGCUACGACUGGAAAAACGGACGCUCCUUACUACAUUCCACCUCAAAAUAUAUUAGACUGAGGCUAGACUAUAUCCUCCAGCUUCUAUAUCUUCAUAAGUAGAUUGUACUGUUUCCUGUUUUAUGUAUGAAAUAUUUGUUCUAAACGCCGUGAAAAUUGUUAACCGUUCAGUGGUCUGUGGCCGUGGACAUUUAUCU